AUCGACUGCAACACGAUUGUCAUCGACAUCCGGUUCCGGACACUCUCUAUCUUCGUUCAUUUGUGUGUUUUUCUUUUUGCAUCGAACAUUCGCUGCCGUUCCUGCCGUUCCUGCCGUCGCCCGCACCCUCGUUUGUCCGACGGCCACCGUCCUCUCCGAGUCGGCUAACCGCCAGCGAUGGCCAGUCGUGCCGCGCAGAAGCGCUUGACGCGCGAGUACAAGAGCAUUUCGGAGAACCCACCUCCUUACAUUACAGCACACCCGUCCGAGUCAAACAUAUUGGAAUGGCACUACAUUAUUACCGGCCCCGAAAACACACCUUACCACGGCGGGCAGUACUGGGGCACGCUCAUGUUCCCGCCCAACUACCCCUUCGCCCCGCCCGCGAUCCGGAUGCACACCCCCUCGGGGCGAUUCCAGCCGUCGAGCCGGCUAUGCCUGUCUAUUUCGGACUUCCACCCACGUUCGUUCAACCCGGCUUGGGAGGUGUCGACCAUCCUGAUCGGUCUGCUCUCGUUCAUGACGUCGGAGGAGAUGACGACGGGCUCCGUGUCGGCGAGCGAGGCGGAGCGCAAGUACCACGCGGCCCGCUCUCGGUGGUGGAACUCGACGGGCGGCGGGUCGCACCUCAAGGCGGAAAACGGUGCGGGGAAAGGCAACAUCAAGGCCGGCGACGGCGGGGCCAAGUUCAGAUCCGAAUGGCCCGAGGUCGACGCCGAAAACUGGAAGUGGAUGCGCGAAAACAAGAUUGACACGGCUACGGGGAACAGGAUCGUCGAGCCGGGUGGUCCGUCGUGUGGCCCACAGCUGGGAAUUGCCGCGGGUGGGAGCGGGCACCAGGCCCAUGCCGUGGUGGAUGCCGUGAUCCAGCAACGAGAUGCCGGGCAGGGGUGGAUAUUCCGCAAUAAGCUGGUGCUGGCUGGGGCUAUAAUUUUUGUCUACGUUCUUAUUGCCCGGCUCCUGGGGGAGGGGAGUUCGUGAUCAAUUCGGUUAAGAACCACUUAACAGCGACUCACAACUGGCCAUGACCGCCACGAUGGGAAUACGAGGAUAUUAUACCAUGCUCUAUUGGGGCUGAAGGGGUUAGCAGCACUGGUUGCCGCAUGUCGGGGGUUUACUUUGGGUGUGUCUUGGAUAGCGAACGUUCAAACAGUUUUUUUAUUGCGCAGCGGUUCGGCUUAGG